AUGACUGAGUUUGUGCAUGAUUACUAUUGCCGUCGCUUGGGUUUCGUUACUGGUUUGUCUAAUUGUGCGGGGAAGAUCUGGAUUUUUUGGGAUCACAAUUUUCGAGUCGAGUUGCUUAGGGAUGAGGUACAAUUAUUGCAUGUCAGAUGCAUAUCUGGUUUAUUUGGUGCUCCUUUUGUAUUUACUGCGGUCUAUGCUAGAUGCUCUCGUUCCGAGCGCCGUGUUUUGUGGAAUUCGUUCCGCGACAUUUUUGAGACGAUUGGUGACACUCCUUGGAUUUCUGGGGGUGACUUCAACUCAAUCUUACUUGAGUCAGAACGGAAUAGAUCGGUUUCGGAUAGAAGACUAGAUAUGGCUGAGUUUGGUGCUAUGGUUUCGGAUUGUGAACUUUCGGAUGCCGGGUUCUCUGGGGCUAGUUCUUGCUAUACUUGGGAGAGCCCUUCAGGUCUUUUGGAGCGUUUGGACAGGAUUCUAUAUAACUCUGCUUGGCUAGAUUUACUGCCUAUUACGCAGGUUACCCACCUCUCACGGACCCGGUCGGAUCAUGCUCCUCUUUUGGUUUCAUCGGCUGCUUCUUCGUCUAGGCCUCCUGCUUCAUUCCGGUUUCAGCAUAUGUGGAUCCGCCACGCUACGUUUCGUCAGAUUGUGGAACAGGUUUGGGAUUUUCCGUGUGCUCAGACGGGGAUGCAUCGAUUACAUACGAAGUUGAGACGAUUGAAACAGAAGCUUCAGUGGUGGAAUUUGAAUGUUUUCGGGGACGUGUUCAAGAAUAAAGAGAGGGCCGAGGCAGCUAUUCUAGAGGCCGAGCACAUAUAUGACUUGGAUCGAUCCCCCGAGAAUCGUGCAAAUUUGAAAAAGGCCACUGCUGAACUUACUCUCAUGCUCAAUAUUGAGGAGGACUUUUGGAAGCAGAAGGCAGCUUGUAGAUGGGCGACUGAUGGAGAGAGAAACAAUAAGUUUUUCCACUCGUUAGUCAAGAAAAAGCGAUGUGUCAAUCGAAUCCACUCUAUCUCUCAUGGUGAUUUGGUUCUCACAUCAGCUCAGGAGAUCAAGGAUUCGGGCGUUGAUUUCUUUAGCAAGCUUCUUACCGAUGAUAUGCCUAGUAUGCUUCCGGUUGAUGAGUCCCUAUUUUCCGCUCCUCAAAGGGACUUUUCUUCAGUCUCUACUCGUUCGUCAGUUGAGGAGAUCAAAGAUGCGGUGUUUGGGAUUUGUCGAGAUAGUGCUUCGGGUCCUGAUGGGUAUUCUUCGCUAUUUUAUCAGCAUUGUUGGGACUUGAUUCAGUGUGAUGUUUGUGAAGCGGUUUGA